AAAAUGGGAAGAAUGAACAACCAUAGGGACUCCUGUACUCAUCUGCUGAUUUCCAACAAGGGAGGACUACCACAGAGACUGCAGCAUCUGGGACAGUCGAGCUUUCUGAUUUAAUUGAACUCACAAGCCAAGCUAAUGCACCGCUGUCUGUGAGUGUGUGUGCACAUUUACAGUAUGUUUUGACUGUGGUCAUUCCAGCUACUAUGAGCAGUGUCUGAGAAAUGCAUCUCUCUUUUAAAGUGCCUGUAUUUUGCUUGAUUUUAAAAACCUUUUUCUCAGGAUUGGGCAGCAGGGAUUGGAGCAAUAAUGGAUUUGGCAAUCACUUCUAUCAGUGUUUUACUUCUCUAUUUGUAAUUGGAUGUCCUCCACCUCCCUCCCCAGAGCAGUCCAAGAGAUAACCUAAUGUUGAGGAAAUGGCUGAUCAUCAUCAGGUCAAGACUUCCUUCCUCUUUAUCCAACUGCGGUCACCAACUAAGGCAUCUGGGCAAAAACGCCCUGCUGACACGGCUUGCACAGCUGGCUUUGAAGAAAAGCUUUCUUUAGGUUUCAAAAGAAAUGCAUCAGCCUUGGCAUGUGACCAUACGACGCCAGCAACCUCCUGCAUGAGCAAGGAGAGAUCAGAUUGUCACUGCUGUGGGCAAGACGGUGACACUGGCAGCAGGAACGGGGAGAAAACAUUUCAGUUUCCCAUCUGGGCAAAACGCAACAGUAACCCUACAGAAAUGAGCAAAGAAAGGCAAGCAGCUCCAGCACAGAGUGAGAUCUCUGCAUUCCAUUCAGAUGCUGACAGUGUUGGAAAUACAAACUUCCUGAACCCAGCAGUGAGUUCUGACAAUACCACAGUGCCUCUGAAUGAGUCUCGGGGCUCAGAACUAAAGAUUGUACAGUCACAAGAAGCUGGUGAGCCUUUUGAAUAUAUUUACUCCUCCAGCACUCAUCCUCCUGCAGAUGGAGACUACUCUUCCAGAGAACUGAUACCACCCCCAUCUCCCGAGAAGAAGGAAAGCGUCUGGUGGAAAGUCGAGGUCAACAAACCAACAGUAGUGGAAACACCGAUUCUCUUCAGAAGCCCAGAGAGCAAGACCUUUACGUCAGCUGUGAUCGAGAGGUCAUUAAAAUUACCUGGAAGUUACAAAAAGGCGAGACACAUACGUUCUGCCAUGACUUCACCUGCAUCUCAGCCUUCCUUCUUGACAGGGGAUCCGUCACUCUCUUUUGGAACACUUCAAAAGGCAGAAACAUUCGUUUGGGUCAACAGCACUUCGCCACAUGCUCAAAGCGUUGCAAAAGCCAAGUAUGAGUUUCUCUUUGGGAAAGUAGAGGAGACAUGCUCUUCAGACAGUGUUUCAACAGGUACUUACCACCUUCCGCCAGCGGAGGACAGCAGUGCUGGGUUUGCCACCUCUGUACAGUAUGGCCCCAUUCAAGGCAGUGGAGGGGAGUCUUCUCAGCAAUCGGUGGCUCUGGAGCAUGAUACACAAACGUCCCAAUCACUAACUGCCAUCCUGGGAAAUGAGUGUCGAGACGGCAGUUUGAAUUUGAACACAAACUCAGAAGAAACAUGCAGACCUGCCAAAGUAAUCUCAGCCAUGAUCCACUUAAAUGGAUCUAGUGCAGAUCGACUGAGCGUGGCUCAUCAGGGUCAAGAGCUGCAGCCGGAGGUCGAACAGGGUAAAGAAAUGGAAACGUCCAGAUUAGAAAACCCUGGAGAAGGGCUUUCAGCCACCAGUCUGAUUGCUUCACCCCAAAGUGAGGUACUGACAAAGGAUACGGUUUCUGUGGGCUCAGCAGCAGUGGAAGCACAUUCCACAAGUGCCGAAGUAAGAGGAGACAACAAGAAUGCUCUUACCAGCCAAGGAAAACUGUUAGACAUGCUACCUCCAGCUGAAUUAAUAUUUGGAUGCGAGGCUCCGGUACCCACAGGAGCACAGCCCGACGAAGGAGCUGUGAGAGGAGCAGAGACUGAGAGAGUGGCGGUUGCUGCUGAGGAUGCAGUUGGGCUCCUGGAGCCUUUGGACGAGUCCAGCAAAAUACUUGCCGAGAUCCCCGAGAUUUUAGCUGCCUUUCUGGAUGGGGCACAGGCCAAGGAAAAGCCGCCCAAGAAAAUCCGGUUUAUGGAACACAAGGCAGAAACUCUGGAGGGCCCAGAAAAAGUCGGAGUGGCCUUAAGCGGGACCUUGGAAGUCGAGGGAAGGAGAGAGAGGGGUCAGGGAGGGGAGCGGCCGUCCUGUGUUGUGAAGGCGAAUGGCUCAGCGGAGGCUUAUCGGAAGACCUACGGCUCAGAGGAAGGGUCCCCUGUUCCUGUGCUGGGCACGGUGGACGAUGAGGUGUUUGGGAUUGUUCCCGAAGUGUGCAUAGAGAGCCCUGAGAGCGAGAUGGCAUCUGUGAUAGGCCCAGCAAGGUCUUCGGAAGUUAAGGACGGGGAAGAGAAUGAGCACUUGGCCACGCGGCGAGAGGAUAGUACGGACGUGUUUAGCUCCCAGUUUGAAAGAAUUCUGGAAUCGGACCGCUUGAAAAGCACCCUUUACAGCAGCCUGGACUCGCUCGACGCCCUCUCCUCUGCGGACGAGGCGGACCUCUACUUCAGCUUCGACCUGCCACUAACCCCGCUGAUUCAGCAGCGCCUCAAGGAGAGCAGCCAGCUCCUGCAGAGUGCGGCCGAGUUGGGAAGGCAGGAGGUGCUGAGGGUGGCCAGCGAGGACAGAGGCGGAAAGGCCACACUGGAGGUGUCGACGUCGUACUUGGAGGGCUCCCCAGGAGACUCGCUCAGCACCAGCCAGUCGGACCACCUUUUAGAUAAAUAUUCAGCCGGACCUGUUGUCAAUGGAGUCCUCGAGGGCACAACUAAAGCCAAAAAGGACUCUGGGUGGCUUCACUCCUGUCUGAGCGAUGCUGGGCUGAAGGAAGUGUUCUCGGACUGGGACUCUGAGAUGGGCAGCACUGAGAGGCUGAAGGGCAGCACUGACACUCUCAACAACAGCAACAAGAGCGACCAGGAGGCUGCCCGCAGACUGGCCCGGCGGCUCUUCAACUUGGAGGGCUUCAGGCGCUCGGAUGUUGCAAAGCACUUAGGAAAAAACAAUGAAUUCAGCAAAAUGGUAGCCGAAGAGUACCUCACAUUUUUUGACUUUACUGGAAUGACGCUGGACCAGUCUCUUCGACGCUUUCUGAAAGCUUUUGCACUAAUGGGUGAAACCCAGGAGCGAGAGAGGGUUUUAAUCCACUUCUCCAAUAGGUACUAUCAGUGUAACCCUGCCACCAUUUCUUCACAAGAUGGAGUUCAUUGCCUUACGUGUGCUUUGAUGCUGCUAAACACUGACCUUCAUGGCCAUAAUAUUGGAAAGAAGAUGACAUGCCAGGAGUUCAUCAACAAUCUGGAUGGGCUAAAUGGAGGCCAGGAUUUCCCAAGAGAUCUUCUUAAGGCUUUGUACAACUCAAUCAAAAAUGAGAAGUUAGAAUGGGCCAUAGAUGAAGAUGAACUGAAGAAAUCUUUGUCUGAACUUGCUGAUGACAAGACUGAUAAUGCUCACACAAAAAGCAUCAGUCGAAUUGGCAGUGGCAGUAACCCUUUCCUUGACAUCACCCAUGAUCCUAAUGCUGCAGUUUAUAAAACAGGCUUCCUUGCUCGGAAAAUCCACGCCGAUAUGGAUGGAAAGAAAACUCCCAGAGGCAAAAGAGGGUGGAAGACCUUUUAUGCUGUUCUCAAAGGAAUGAUCCUUUACUUGCAGAAGGGUGAGUAUAAACCAGAAAAAGCCUUAUCAGAUGAAGACCUUAAGAACGCCAUCAGUGUGCAUCACGCACUGGCCAUCAAAGCAACUGACUACGAGAAGAGACCCAAUGUGCUGAAGCUCAAAACGGCUGAUUGGAGAGUCUUCCUCUUCCAAGCACAGAGCCCAGAAGAAAUGGAAUCUUGGAUCAGAAAGAUUAAUUCAGUAGCAGCCUUGUUCUCUGCACCCUCAUUUCCAGCUGCAAUUGGUUCCCAGAAAAAGUUCAGCCGUCCUCUUCUACCUGCAACCACAACGAGAAUGUCACAUGACGAACAGCUGAAGUCCCAUGAGGCCAAACUGAAACACAUCUCCACUGAGCUGGCUGAGCACAGAUCAUACCCCCCAGACAAGAAAGUCAAAGCCAAGGAGAUUGAUGAGUACAGACUCAAGGAGCACUACCUGGAGUUUGAGGAGAACCGCUACGAGGUGUACGUGAAGCUCUUGAAGGAGGGAGUGAAAGAGCUGCUGUCGGGCAAAGAGAGUGACGGCAGCGGGCUGAAGAAGUCCCACUCCAGCCCGUCUCUCAAUCAGGAGUCCUCGCCAGCUAGCGCCAAGGUCAAGCGCAACGUCUCCGAGAGGAAGGACUACAGGCCGGAAACGCCCAGCUCCAAGCAGAACGUUACCUAGGGAACAGCACGCGACACAAGACAAGCCUACCAGAUGCAAUGUGUGAAUAUGUUUUAUGUAAUUUAUUUAUCUGGCAACUGUUAUAAAUAAACAGUAGUGUAUAAUAUAACUGAUAAUAGUCCUUGACUGACUGGUGCUUGUGUAGCAUUUUUUUAGGGUAUAACAUCUUUUUUGUUGUUGUUGUUGUUGCCGUUGCUUAUUGUAUAAAACUGUUGUAGAUUUUGUUGUGAGGCUUUAAACUAAGUGUCACUUUACUGGACCUUGCUGGUCUGUUUCACAACAAUCAUUUCUUUGCCUUUUAGUCAAGAGAAAAUGUUUUCUUAUCUCUUUUUAGUUUAGUGAAAGAUCCCGGACCAGUUUCUGUAUACGUACAGUACUAGCAAAGAAAUUCCAAAUAAAGCAACCGUACGACAGACUUGCUUGGAAGUUAAACUGUAUUUAUUUGAAACUGUUUUUAGUGUAUGUAGACAACAUACAGUAAGUGGUCAUAAUUAUUGCUGUUAAAAUAAGUCAACGUGAUUCACUUCCUGUGAAACCUGACAUAUCUUAUCAAAGACAAUGUUUGUUUUCCAGACUUUCCUUAUACAGUAACUCAUAAAUAUUUUUUUUUAUUUGUUGAAAUUGGAUUGAAACUUAAUGAUAUAGCAUCAAGUUGUAAAUAAUUGGAUGUGAUGCAUUUGUUUAGUUAAGCAUUUUAAUGCGUUUGAAGGUAUAUCUUUGCUAGGAAUGAAAAGAAAGCAUCCUUUUUAAAAAAAUCAUUAUAAAGUUGAAUAAGUCUACUUACAGUAUGUAUUUUAUUUAAUUUUACAAGCAUGUUACACUUGCUGAAAAAAGUAUUAAAACAAAAGAUUAUACAUUUGUACUGUCAAUGAGGGAUGCUUUCAUUUUAGCCAUUCAGUAUAAUCUAACAUUCAUUUACAUUUAAAUCUUCAGACUCCAGUACGAUAUUGAAGGAAUCAUAGGAAACCGCAUUUUGCUACUUUUCUGUAGCUGAGCCGUUUGUUUUAUAUCUUUUGGAACAAAGGAUAUAUUUGUGUUUUUUAAGUAGUGUAAAUGCCAACUAUCUUUUUGUGUCUUUUAUAAUCUUCUAUAUAUUUGGAUUUUGAAUUCUAAUUUGAUAACUGUAAAGACCGACUUAGUAUUUAUAGCGCACUUUAUAAAUUAGUUAUUUUAAAUAUUUCAGAAAGCUUUAUAGAGGGGGUACGCUGAAAAAUUACUGAAAAGUUUGUUUUUUUUGCCUCAUAAGAAGUCUGCAAGCUGUCUUCUUUACUGGCAUUGUGUUGCAAACAGAAGGAAAAUUUUUACUUUAAUCCGGGUACAGAGUUGAACUUUUGUUCUGAUCAGUUUAGCCCUAAGUGUUGUUUCAGUUAUAAAGAGUAGGUUUGCUGUUGCUUAUUGACAAGGUUUCCAUUGUGGGAAUCAUUUACUGUAGACCUUAAAAGUUUAGUGUUUGCUGUUAUUCAGGCUGUCUUCAUUGAAUUGCUGAUGUUAGAUGCACAGAGAUGCAAAUGUAAAUUUGAGACUAUUUGUAGAAUAUAAAUUGGUAUUUUUAGGGGGGAAAAUUUGAACAUCUCUAUCCAUUUCCAAACAAAAACCUUUAUUCUGCUGUUCCUGUCAAUGCUGUUGAAUACAUAAAAUAUAUAUUAUACAUUAAAUAAACCCUCAAGGUGCAGAAUUGAAUUACAGAUCUAGUUAUACAGUAUAUACAGCAUGGAUUACUUAAAAUGUAAGUCCUGAAAAUCAUUAAAUAUUCACAUUUGUUUUCUUAACUCAUGUGUUGUUAAAUGUGGGGUAAUAUCCAAAUUUCACAUAAAGACAAAGAUGCACUCUGUAGAUUUUAAAAAGGAGAGUUGGUAGUAAAAUUCUGUUUUUAAGUUUUCAGAAGUUAAAAAUAAAAAUGUUUUUAUUUCGCUUAUCUGCACAUACUGUACUUUUCAAAGACUUGCAGUUGUUAACUAGGUUUUAAUAAUUUGGGUGAAUUAAUAGCUUUAAGAACAGUGUGACUCAAAGUUUUUUUAGUUUUUUUUACAACUCAUGCUUUUGUGUUCAUUGAUGUCGACAAAAAAAUAUAUACUAUGUAAAAACUGCAUCUUCUGUUUAGUGUGCUCUGUGACACACAUAAGCUGCAUGUUUUACAUUUUUUUGGUCCAUUUUACAGGAAUGUGUUCAGCUAAGUGACUAAUGGAACUAAGAGUAAUUGAAUGAAAAUGAUAUUCCAUGUAUUUAAUUCAUACUGUAGUUUCUCUGGAUCCAUCAUUAUACUGCUGCCAUAGCUAUAGUCUUGACAAUAGAUGAGGCCUGGAAAAGAAAAAAUGCUGAAAAUGUUACCUUAAAGUCUUGCAGUAUUGACAGUAACAGGCUCAGAUUUGCAUUUCUUUAGACCCUCGAGGUAGAACAGAUAAAUGUCAGAGGCUGUAAGUAAAAAUGAUUUCACACCCACCAGAGAGAGAGAGGUCAUUGUUAUCCCCACUCAAGUAAACUGGAGAUUAAUGUUCAUUCCGCCACUCUGAAUUAUAAUUCGGCAAGUAUUCUACGUGAACAUUUUAUGCAUCCAUUUGUUUCUGAUGUUUCUAAUAAAAUUAAAACUUUUAAUACUCUCACUUCUCACAACAUUUAUUAAAUGGGGAACAAGAUUCCUUCAGUUCAAAUAAUGCACAUUUCAUCUGUUUCCGGCGUAGAUUUCUGCUGAUCUAUGAAAAUAUUUAAUAAAUACAAAUGUGUAUUCUUUGUUUAGAUACGUACUGUAUACUACACCCCAAAUUUGAACAUGAUAAUUUCAUGAAAUGGGCAAUGGAGUAAUAUAAAGUGUGUUGAGGUAUUAUUGUAUUAUAAAUUUAAAGAAGCUGUGUUAAAGCUGCCGAUCAAGUUUCUCUUUUACGAGAGAGAAUUUUAUCAUUCUCUGUAUCACACUUUCCCUUCUCAUAUAGUUGGCAAUUUCACAGUUUGGGUGGAAGACAUGUUAUCAAAGCUGAAAGCCCAGUCUUUUGUUAUUUGGUGUAUCUGAAUGAAAUCUUGAUGGAUUUUAGCUUUCGGAGUUUGUCUAACCAAGAAUUAAUUAUGAAUUCUUACAGCAGGAGGUUUGUGUAGCACAAGCUAAUAACUUCUUGAGCAGAUGCUUUACCAGGGUUCCUCUUACAAUUAUUCUAGUGCAGAUGUCAUUCUUGUACAAAAUGCCACAUUAUCUUGAAUUUAAUGGCUUCACAGCUAUCCUUUUGGCACUAGAAGGAUAUUUGUUUUAAGACAUUUAUAUACUGUAGGUUUUAUUUAAAAAUAUGAAAUUUGUCAUUAAAAUAUAAAAAUGGGAGCAACUCAGUUUAAUCACAUGGUUCUUGUUUUAUGGUAUACAGUACACCUGUAUGCACUUUAGCCCUAAAGUGGCUGUUUGUGAAAACGUGUGCAUUGACAUAUUUCUGAAAGCUGUGAUAUUGUACAAUCAAUAACUGUGUAAAUGUUAAAUAUAGCUAUUGCCCUGUGUUUUUAAAGGCCCAAGAUUAUAUUGUUGGUUGUUAAAGUGAUUUCAGUGGCAUUGAAGGUGGUUUAAUGUUCUAAUGCCAAGAUCAAUAACAUAACAUUGAUAUGCAAACUGUAGAUGGACUCAACAAAUAAAAUACCGUAUUUCAUUCAA